AUGCUCAUUCCACCUUAUCAGAAAUUCCUGAAGGAUGCUGUUCAGCAAAGAACCAGGGAAGCACAAGGGAUGGUAGUGUUGACUCAUGAGUGCAGUGCAAUCAUUCAGCGGAAGGUCAUCUCCGACAAAAAGGAAGAUCCGGGGAGUUUCACUUUACCCUGCAUGUUGGGACCCCUGUCUUUCAAAAACAGCCUCUGGGAUCUAGGAUCAUCUGUCAGCCUCAUGCCUUUGUCCGUAGCAAAGAGACUGGGAUAUCACAAGUAUCAAGCCUGCGGAAUCUCACUAGUCUUGGCAGAUAGAUCGAUAAGGUUACCAACUGGAAUGCUUGAAGAUCUGCCUUUGAGAAUAGGGAAUGUAGAAAUCCCCACCGACUUCAUUGUGCUGGAGAUGGAUGAGGAACCAACGGAUCCACUUAUACUAGGAAGGCCAUUCCUAGCUACAGCAAGAGCAAUGAUAUAUGUCUUUGAAGGCACAAUUGAGCUAAACUUGGGAAAGGACCUGAGGAUGAAGUUUGACAUCAAAGAUACAAUGAGGAAGCCAACAAUAGAAGGAGCAUGGAGGACUUGGCAUGGACGCAGCUCAACUGGAUACGCAAAGGAAGAAGGAGGAAGCCAUCUUGAAGACCAGCUCGACCAUCUACUCGACCAACCGGUCGAGUUCCUCAACUCGACCGGCCAAGCUUCAACUCGAUCGAGCUGA